AGGAUACAUCAUGUAUCUCUUGCCGUUUUUGUUAUCGAAUCUCCAGCUGGGUCUGAACGAUCCCUUCCGUUCAGUAGCACUUACGCCCUCUUCGCGUUUUGUUAACGCGGACCUUUCCGCAUUGGACAAUCAAAUCCAUGGCAUUAAUUCUCACCAGGCCAUUUUCGAUCGAGGAGUUCUAGACUUCUUCUACAGACCCUGGAGGGUUGGUAGUGCCGGCAUUGGUAGUGCCGGCGUUGGUAGUGCCAGAGUUAACGGCAACAAUUUCGAGAUCACCGUCAACGUGCAGCAAUUCAGCCCGGAAGAGGUCUCUGUCAAAGUGGUUGACCGUUGGGUGGUUAUCGAAGCCGCACAGGAGCAGCAGGACAAUGAGAAGGUUGUCGCAUCCCGGCAAUUUUCAAGGCAAUUCCUGUUACCUGGUCGCGCUGACGUCGAUCAGGUGUCUUCCACGAUAUCGAGCGACGGCGUCCUGAAAAUCACGGCGCCGUUGAAACCAGAGCAAGUAAAGGUAAUCCAAGUCGAGCAAACCGGACAAGUGGCCGGACAAGCAGCAGGACAAGUGGCAGGACAAGUGGCAGGACAAGUGGCAGGACAAGCGGCAGGGCCAGCGGCCGGACAAGCGGCCGGACUAACGGCAGGACAAACGGCUGGAUCAGCAGCAGGACAAGCGGUCGGACUAGCGGCAGGACAAGCGGCCGGACGAGCGGCAGGACAAGCGGCAGGACAAGCAGCAGGACACGCAACAGGACUAUUCACCAGACAGAGAAGUGUACGUUUCCGAGAAGUGUAG